ACUGAGCCAGACCACGACUAUGCAAGAUGUUUUGUAUGUCGCAUUUACACUACAACCUCUCAAACCCCUUAUGGUUAUUAUAGAUCGCUGGCAACGUCAUAGAGUGCACAGAUGUAGGCAUUAGAUGAUUGCGCAAAUCUUCAACCCGGCAGGAUGAUGUCCUCAGUUAACGAGGAGGAUCCUUUCCUCCAGGUCCAACAAGAUGUUCUUGCGCAGAUGCAAAACGCCCGACCGCUUUUCGCCUCUUACCUCCGUAUCCGCAGCCUCAGCAGCACACCUACACAGUCUCCCGAAGUCGCGUCGGCGCGCUCAGAUCUCGAAUCCGCGCUUUCCACAUUGGCCGAAGAUCUUGCAGAUCUGGUCGAAUCUGUGCGUGCCGUUGAAUCGGACCCUUCUCAUUAUGGACUGUCUGCGCACGAGGUCUCGCGCCGGAAAAAGCUAGUUGAUGAGGUUGGCGGUGAAAUCGAGGACAUGCGCGAGGAGCUAGAGCGCCGAACCGCCACACUUGCCUCCUCUUCCGGCCCUUCGGGUUCAUCGAGAGCUGCGGCCGCAGCUAGGGCGGCAGCGAAUGAAGACCUGCCACCUCCGAGCGCCUUCGCUCUUGACGAAACUGGCUCUGCGCAAGGUGACGACAACUACGCCGAGUUCGAGCACCAGCAACAGCUGCAGAUGAUGCGGGAGCAAGACCAGCAGCUAGAUGGGGUAUUUGUGACAGUCGGAAACCUGCGGCGACAAGCAGAUGACAUGGGACGCGAGCUCGAAGAGCAGCAUGAGAUGUUGGAACAUGUAGAUACCCUUGCAGACCGUGUUGGUGGAAGGCUGCAGACGGGUAUGCAGAAACUCGGAUAUGUAAUGCGGCGGAACGAAGACCGGUAUAGUAGUUGCUGCAUUGCGGUACUCAUCACAGUCUUAAUUAUCUUAUUGGUAUUAUUGCUUGUAUUAUAGUCACUAGAGUCUCAUUUUGCGCUUCAAGCGAGCAAUGGCGUGCGGGAGUAUUCACUUAGUUGCAUGAGCGAUAGGAAACCGAUCAACCUCUUACACUUAUGAUUCCCACAGAUUUUUGUCUUCCAAGCAAUGUCAAUCUGUACAUUUCCUGCCAAGACUGAACUUUGGACGCCGGAUAUAUGCUAUAUAACCUCAACGCCAGUUUGAUACAAGGUGGUUUCCCAGACCGGUAAUUUAUAUCAUGUCCCAAAGUAAAUGCAAUGCCAUGACUACUACAGCUUAAUCCUUACAGUUCUAGUCCGAUAUCUCGUUUCAAC